GUGGCAUCGCAUCCAUGCGUUCGUCGUCCUCCCCAAUUCGAAGCGGAAACCCCUGCCUACCUUGAUUCAUUCAUUCCCCAUCUCGGCUCCUACCCCAAACGCCAAAACCCUAGCCUCCUCUCCGUGUGAUGGGAUGCCGUCCAAACCCUACCCCGACCCGCUGACCUCCGCCGCCACCGCCGCCGCGACCUGGAUGUCCGCAUGGACGGCGUCCGGGCCCUGAUCGCCGCCGGGGCCACCGCCGUCUGCUGCUUCCUCUGCGCCUUCUGGGCCUUCCGCUCCCCCUCCUCCUCGGCGUCUGCCUCCUCCAAGAAGCAGCACUGCUGCGGUUCCGCCUCCUGUGGCUGCCGCGCCAAGUCCGUCAACGGCGAGAUGGCCGUGGGCGGGGAGAAGAAUAAGAAGGCGCAGGAGCCGGCCCCACUGGAAGGCGGCGGCGCCUCCAUGAUGGAGCAGCUCGUGCCGGAGAUCACCACCCAUGCACUCAGCUACCUCGACUACACCAGCCUCUGCCGCCUCUCCAUGACCAACUCCGCCAUGCGCCGCGCGGCCAAUGACGACGGCGCCUGGAAGGCGCUCUACCGCAAGGAUUUUACAGUGGAGCAGAUUAAUAUAACUCCACCUAAUGGAUGGAAGGCAUACUAUGCAGCUACAAAAGCCAUCAUGAAUCUUAACGCACAGUUCUAUAAUAUCAUCAGGGAAGGAUCCUUGUCAGCAAUGAGCUGUUUCUGGCUUAAUGCGGACUAUGUCAAGUGUAUUCAUGCGACUGGGGAGUUCUUUACAGGGUACAAUGCAGUGAUGGAAAGCUGGGGCUUGCUGUUCAACUGGGGCCAAGAUGGAGGGCAGGGUGUUGCUUUCCAGACACGUGAUGUUCGGGCUCGUGUACUUGGUGAGGUGGCAUGGGUUAACAUGAAGGCAAAUGUUGGCGUUGACCCAGUUGACCCUGUGGUGUUCCACGUGACUAAUGUAUAUGAGUUCCGUAACAGCAGGUGGUAUAUGGUUCAUCACCAUAACUCAGCCAUGGCUGACCCUGCUCCCCAUAAUCUGUUUGGUUGAAGCUGGAGAACAAAAUUCGAGUGCAAGGAAGCUUGAUGGCGCAUAAUUAUUUUGCGGUCUAAACCGAUGAUAGAUUAUCGAAUGUAUUUGAAGAGCUUUCUUUC